AUGUCUAAUACGGAAGAAACAACGUUUUCGCAAGUGCAAGCUACGUCGAGUCCGAUCGAAACGCAAACCUCGAUGGCGGGUACAAUCGAGCGUUAUCACGCUCACAUAAUACGCAGAAUGGAAUCGUUGAAAGCGGUGUUGGAUUCAACUCCUGAUGCUGAUGUAUCAUAUUUAAAAGAGUGUACGGAACAGUUAAAAUCCAUCGCGUCCUCCUUUGAGAGAAAAUACACGGCGGUCAUGGAAACCAGCAAUUCUGCCCAGACAGAGGAGGAAGAGAGACAGUACGCAGAGUUUGAGCAACGACGCUUCGAGUUAUCUGUAGUGUUAAAACGGCGCGAAGCGGCUUUGUGUGCGUCGGCUAGCGUUACGCAUGUGCCAGAUGUGUCAAACCCCAAAUCGAAAGUGCGUUUACCAGAAAUUCCGUUGCCUAAGUUCGAAGGCACGUUGGAAACUUGGCCGACUUUCCGUGACGCAUUCAGUAGCAUGAUCGACCAGCAUCCAAGUUUAUCCGACGUAGAUAAACUCAUUUACCUGAAACGCGUGGUGUCUAAGGAGGCCGCUCAAGUGAUCGAGGCAGUGGAAACCACAGCAGCCAAUUAUAACCUCGCAUGGGAACUACUUAAGAGUAGAUACGAGAAUAAGAAAGUGUUGGUGCGACGUUAUCUGGAGGAACUCUUCUCAAUUCCCUUGGCAAAACGUGAAAGCUUCGAGUCACUCACCAAUUUGCUUGAUGGCUUCGAGCGAGCCAUCAAAAUGGUCGAAAAGGUUGGUGUCGAUACAAAUGGCUGGAGUGUACUGUUAGCACACAUGUUGUGCGAUAGAUUGGACGGGAAUACUCGAAAGCAGUGGGAGAUACAUCACCGAAGCGUAGAAGUGGCCGAAUACACUGAACUAGUGCAAUUUUUGAAGCAGCAUGUGGUAGUAUUACAAGCAUUGCCUCAGAGUAAGGAACCGGCUUUAUCGAACACCCACAUCCAUCACGGAAGGCAAAAGCUGAAGCAGGCAUGUGCAACCAUGAAGGUCGAUCACCUGGAGGAAAAAU